GCGACCGGGUUGAGCGAUCUUCAUGUCAAUAAUUCUCUACUGGUGUCUGGGGAUUCUUCCGACCUAGUGAAGAUGUCCUCAUCAUCUUCGCCGAUGGAGGAACGGCCAGGGUCGCCCGUCUCCAAAGAGAAGGAGAAGAAUAUCGACCAGCAGCCGGAAGAAUCCAGUCUUUCCGUGGACAAAGGGGAGGAUAUCACGAAGCCGGCUUCCCUAGCGAGCUAUCUGAGAAUCCUUUCGUAUGGCACCCGAAAUGGGGGCCUCGUUGCUAUGAUCGUGGGCUUGAUCUGUGCCAUGGGCUCGGGAAUUGCCCUCCCACUGAUGACUAUCAUAUUUGGGAAGAUUGUCGGAGACUUCAAUUCAUACACCGCGCCAGGACAAAAUUCAAACCAGCAAUCGUUCACGUCGACGAUCAACAGAAACAGUCUAUACAUAGUAUACCUUUUCAUCGGCAAAUUCGUCCUCACCUAUAUCUCUAUGAUAUGCUUCAGAAUCAUCAGUCUCUACGCCUCGGCCGCCCUGCGCCUUGAAUAUACACAUUCGUUGUUUUCGAUGCCCGUCAGCAAGUUGGAUGAGAUCUCGGUUGGCACCGUCUCUAACGCGAUCACCGCCCAGUCCAACACGAUACAGCAGAGUGUUUCGGAUCGCCUGGCAAUUCUCUUCCAGUCGUUGGCGCUACUUAUCUCGGCGUAUGCGAUCGCGUUUCGAUAUUCCUGGGCCAUGACACUGGUCGUUAGCUCCGCCAUCCUCUUCGUGGUCCUAUGCUUUUGCCUCACCGUCCCCUUUAUGAUCAAGGGACAACAGUACACGGACCAGGCAGAUAACAAACAUGCCGCUAUUGCCGCUGAUGCCUUUGCCUCGAUCCGCACGGUCUUCUCCCUGGGCGCCGAGGGCCCGCUGAGUCGGAAGCACUCCCAGUGGAUCGAUGAGUCCUGUAGACGGGGGCUGAGGAUGUCGGUGAUGACAGGAAUCCAUCUCGCCGCGUUGUUUUUCGCGAUGUAUGUUAGCUUUGCUCUGGCAUUCUGGUUCGGGCUGAAACUUUACCGGGAUGGAAACAUCGCGAACAUUAACACCGUCAUUACGGUCUUCUUCUCCGUGCUCCUCGUCGUGACGAUUAUGGGAGGCAUUGCCUCCCCCCUGAUGGCCAUUUCCAAAGCUGUUAGCGCAUCGGGGUCCUUCUUCGGCGUGAUCGACUCCGAGCGUGCCCCCACCACCGGGCUUCGGGAACCCGAGGUCACGAGCCAGGCAGAUAUCGUCUUCGAGAACGUCACCUUUGCCUAUCCCACUCGCGCGGAGACCCAAGUUCUCAAGGAUCUCAGUGUACGGCUCCCGCGGAGUAAGACCACGGCGCUCGUCGGUCCGUCGGGCUCGGGGAAGAGCACCAUUGUUGCCCUAGUUGAGAGAUGGUAUCAGCUACAAGGCCCCACAGAUCUUGAGAAAGAAACCACGAGUGGACGAAUCUUCGUUGGUGAACACGAUAUCAACGACCUGGACGUGAAAUGGUGGCGCUCCCAAGUGGGGCUGGUGCAACAAGAACCCUUCCUAUUUAACGAAUCGAUCUUCCAAAACGUGGCUUUCGGCUUGAUAGGCUCUAAAUGGGAGAAUGAGUCGGAGGCUGUCAAAUUGGAGAUGGUCAUCGAGGCGUGCAAGGAAUCAUAUGCGGACGAAUUCGUGGAGCGCCUUCCCGAGCGGUAUUCCACGAGAGUCGGCGAAGGUGGCAUCAAUCUGAGCGGCGGGCAACGCCAGAGGCUUGCCAUCGCUCGAAGCAUCGUCGGCCAGCCGUCUAUCUUAAUCCUUGAUGAGGCGACCAGUGCCAUCGAUGUUCGUGGCGAGAAAAUUGUCCAGGCCGCCCUGGAUCGUGUUUCCAAGGACCGCACGACCAUUAUGAUAGCCCAUCGUCUGUCGACAGUUCGCCGCGCUGACAAUAUUGUGGUGAUGAAGAAUGGGACGUGCGCGGAGCAAGGCUCUCACCAAGAAUUAAUGCUCCACGGUGGAGUCUACCAAGACCUCGUCAACGCGCAACAGUUGGAGCCCCUGGUCGGGUCGGAAGAGCCUGCCGCGGUGGACAAGGUUAUCUCGCAGAAAGAAGAGCUCCUUCACCCGGAGGAAUAUCCCGCCGAUGAGAAGGAGGAAGGCUCUGUGAAGGAGACGAAAACAAAAAGCAGGGGCUUUAUGCGGAGCGUGGGCACCAUACUUUACGAGCACCGCAAGUACUGGUUAUUGUUUGUGGUGGUUAUCAUCAGCGCUAUUGGAGGCGGAUCUGGCUACGCACUGCAGAGCUGGCUGUUUGCCAAACUGAUACAGGUCUUCCAGUUCAAGGGACAGAAGCUAGUUGACGGCGCCAAUUUUUGGGCCCUCAUGUUCUUCAUUCUGGCCCUUGCAAUGGCGGUCUUCUAUUUCGUACUGGGCACAGCUACCAACACGAUUUCUAUGCGUGUCGGAACGACCUAUCGUAAAGAGUAUUUUGCCAACAUCCUCAAAAGACCGGUGUCGUUCUUUGAUCGCGAUGAAAACUCCUCCGGUACACUCAUCUCGCGCCUCUCCUUAGAUCCCAAACAGGUGCAGGAUCUACUAGGUCCUAUGGGCGUGUUCCCCCUCAUCUCUGUUUUCAACGUGACGGGGUGUGUUAUCAUCUCAUUCAUCUUCGGCUGGAAACUGGCGGCGGUUACAUUCUUUGGGGCGAUGCCCUUUAUCCUGCUGGCAGCUUUCAUGCGCAUCCGCCAUGAGACACAUUUCGAAUCGAUGAACGCUGCGGUAUACGCGGACAGCUCCAAGUUUGCGACCGAGGCGAUCCGGGCAUUCCGCACAGUCACCGCUCUGACCAUGGAGGACACGAUCAUUCAGCGAUAUUCAAACCUGCUUAGAGAGCAACGCGCCAAAGCUUUUCGGAAGUCGUGGUACGCGACCUUAGUCUUUGCAUUCUCCGACAGUGUCGAGCUCUGUGCCAUGGCACUCACUUUCUGGUACGGCGGGCAGCUCCUGGGAUCCCAUGAAUACGGGGGGGUUGCAUUCUUCGUGGUGUACAUCGCCAUCAUCCAGGGCGGGCAGGCGGCAGGCCAAUUUCUCUCGUUCGGACCCAACGUCGCACAAGCUAGAUCGUCUGCAAACCGGAUUUUCGCAUCGCGAAAGCCGGUCGAGGGUCAGCUUGAAGAUCCAGCCGCCGAACCAAUGCCACCCGACCUACGCCCAUCGGUCGAGCUGAGGGACGUCUCGUUCAGCUACCCUGGCCGCAACGUGUUGACAUUCGACAAACUCAAUGUUUCCAUCGACAGCGGCCAAUUCGUCGCAUUUGUCGGUCCUUCGGGCUGCGGCAAGUCCACGACUAUCUCCCUUCUGGAGCGGUUCUACGACCCCACAGAGGGCCAGAUCCUCUUCGGUGGCCGGGACAUAACCGCCAUCCAGCGCACGUCCUACCGGCGGUCAUUGUCGCUAGUGGCGCAGGAACCGAAGCUAUUCGAGGGGACCAUUCGCGACAAUCUGCUUCUCGGUAUCGAGGGCACGCAGGGGGCGCAAAGCGAAGAACGCCUGAUCCAAGCGUGCAAGGACGCCGAGAUCCACGACUUCAUCACCUCUCUCCCCGACGGAUACCUGACGGAGCUGGGCGUCAACGCGCAGGCAUCGCUGAGCGGCGGGCAAAAGCAAAGACUUUGUAUUGCGCGCGCUCUUCUCCGCAACCCGCGCCUCCUGCUCCUCGACGAAGCGACCUCCAGCCUGGACUCCCAAUCCGAGAAGCUUGUGCAACAAGCCAUGGAACGGCUUGCGGGGACCAAGAGCAUGACUAUCAUCGCCGUAGCGCACCGCCUGGCGACGAUCCAAAAGGCCGACGUGAUCUUUGUGUUUGGCGAGGGAGCGCCCGGUCGGGGGUCGACGAUCCUCGAACAGGGGUCCCACCAUGAGCUGCUCCGGAACAAGGGUGCUUAUUGGCAAAUGUGUCAAGCGCAAGCCCUAGAUCGGUAGCGGUCGGCCAUGUGGCGUGAUAUACCCUCCUCUCCGUGUUUAGUAUAGAAGCUUGUAGUGUAGUAUAUCCCC